AUGGUGAUGUCGAAGAUCUGGAAGAACUGGUUGGGUCCCGUGGUCCAGCUGCCGCCGGCCGCCGCCGAGCGGGCCACGAUGCUCACCGCGGCGUUGCACCCGGCCGCGGGCGAGGCCGAGGGCUGCGGAGUGGCCACGAUUGUGGGCGAAGGCCCUCCCACGCAGUUGACCGAGACGAGGCGGGUCGUGGGCGGCACCUGA